AGGCAGUUCUGCUCCUACAAGAUCACGACAAAAACACAGAACUUCUGCCGCAAUGAGUACAACCUGACAGGGCUGUGCAACCGCUCCUCCUGCCCGCUGGCCAACAGCCAGUAUGCUACCAUCAGGGAGGAGAAAGGUCGGUGUUACCUGUACAUGAAGACAAUAGAGCGGGCGGCUUUUCCUCGUCGGCUCUGGGAGAGGGUCCUGCUCAACAAGAACUAUGAGAAAGCACUGGAGGAGAUCGAUGAGAACCUCAUCUACUGGCCACGGUUUGUCCGACACAAGUGCAAGCAGCGCUUCACCAAGAUCACCCAGUACCUCAUCCGCAUCCGGAAGCUGACGCUCAAGCGACAGAGGAAGCUUGUUCCUCUGCGCAGGAAGAUUGAAAGGCGGGAGAAGAGAAGAGAGGAGAAGGCCCUGGUUGCUGCUCAGCUGGAUAAUGCCAUUGAGAAGGAAUUACUGGAAAGGCUGAAGCAGGAUACGUACGGAGACAUUUAUAACUUCCCCAUCCACGCCUUUGACAAAGCUCUGCAGCAGCAAGAUGCAGAAAGCGAGAGCGAGUCUGAUGCAGAGAAGGAAGAAGAAGAUGAGGAGGAUAUGGAUAAGAGAGACUUUGUGGAAGCAGAUGACAGUGACCUCAGUGACUUUGAGGACAUGGAUAAGUUGGAGACAAGUAGUGAAGAGGAGCAGGAAGUGGAGGAAGAAGUACAGAAGAAAGCCUCUCGCUCCAAAUCUAAAGGGAAAACUCCCCUGAAAGGACCAGCCAGAAGAAAACGUCCCUACAUUGAAAUAGAGUAUGAGAAAGAAACAGAGACAGCCACCAAAACAAAAGCAGCCUGA